AUGAUAGAAAAGAUAAUGGAAGAACAUGAAUUAAGAAUUUGUGAUUUAGAGACCAAAUUAGAAAUGGUAUUAACAAAAAACAAAACGAUACAAGAGAUUUCUAAAGUUAUUCAUGGUAGUGAAGAAGAUAUUCAUGAAGAACUAAGAAGAAUAAAAGAAGAAAAUGAAAGAACAAGCAAAGAACUUAAAGACCAUGAAAUUGAAAUAGACAACAAUGCAUUAGAUAUAGAAGUACAAGGGUAUUUAAUAGAGAAAAUUAUGAAAAAAAUGGACAAUAACACAACUAAUAAAGAAAUAGUAAAAGAAAUGAUACAAGAAGAAUUUAAAAAGAAAUAUCUUCAGAAGAGAAAAGAUGAAAUAGAAAAGAAUUCUGAUGGAAAUAAAUUUGGAGGAUAUGUUAAUGCGAAAAUUGAUAAAUUUGAUGAUUAUAUAAAUGAUUCAAAAUCAUUUUUAUUUUCAAUAGAAUCAAAAGGAAGAAUACAAGGAAUGAAUAAAUUUGAUAUUAAACAACCACAAUAUGCAUUUUAUGUAGGUAAACAAUCAGAUGAUUAUUUGUUUGAAUUUGGAGUUGGUGACAUUCGUGUUUAUAAAGAAAAUAAUAAAACAAAAUCAUCUUGUAUUCAAUAUUCAUUUGAAUAUAAAGGAAUUGAAGAUGCACUUUGUGGAAAACAACUUCCAGAACAUUUCACACCACAACGAAUCAUUGUAAUUGAAAUGAAAUGA